AUGGUCAAAUUCACGUCUCUCGUGGCAAUCGGCCUGGCCUUUGCCACGGCAGCGACAGCGGACAAUAAUUCCAGCAAGCCAAAAUACAAGGACCCGCAUGUAUCUGUGGACGAGAGGGUUAAAGAUCUCGUGUCCCGAAUGACGAUCGAGGAAAAGGCAGCUCAAUUAUUGCAAGGUGAUAUUGGCAAUUGGAUGGAUACUACCACUGGAGCCUUCAACCAGUCGGGCCUUGCCGAUAACAUGAAGACUAAAGCAGGUAGCUUUUAUGUGGGAUAUCCUGUUCCGGCAUCGUGGCUUGCCGAGAAUAUUAAAAAGGCUCAAGAUUAUCUCGUCAAUGAAACGAGACUGGGAAUCCCCGCUCUCGUUCAAUCAGAGGGAAUCCACGGGUUUCUGUUGAUAAAUGCAACCAUCUUUAAUUCUCCAAUUGCUUUCGCAUCUUCCUGGAAUCCAACGCUGGUGCAAGAUAUGGCCAAAGCUAUCGCUCGCGAAGCUGCUGCUAUCGGUGUGAACCAACUCUUCGCGCCACUCGGUGAUCUAGCCAGGGAGCUGCGUUAUGGAAGGGUAGAGGAAUGCUUUUCUGAAGACCCUUAUCUAGCUGGCGAAACUGCCUACUCGGUUGUCACAGGCUUGCAGAGUGAGAAUGUGUCUGCGACUGUGAAGCAUUUCCUCGGUUUUUCAGCGCCGGAGCAAGGACUGAACACAGGCCCUGUCCAUGGCGGCGAGAGGGAGCUUCGUACUACAUACGACGGUGUCCCGGCUGUCGCAAAUAGCCAUAUGCUUAAUGACAUCCUCCGAGGAGAAUGGGACUAUCAGUAUUAUGUAAUCAGCGAUGCUGGAGCGACAGACCGAUUAUGCAAUACCUUCAAAAUGUGCGAAGCAAGCCCUAUUGAUUCCGAUGCAGUUACUCUGGCUGCUCUUCCUGCCGGUACCGAUGUCGAGAUGGGCGGUGGUUCCUACAACUACAAACAAAUCCCACAGCUGGUCAAGGAAGGUCGCCUUGAUAUAGAAACGGUUGAUACAGCGGUGUCUCGGUUCCUGAGGGCUAAGUUUGAGAUGGGCCUCUUUGAAAAUCCCUAUCCUGCUUCCGUCGCAGACCAAACGUGGUCAGCUUUAAUUCACACCUCUGACGCGGUUCAGCUAGCAUACAGUCUUGAUCGAGAAUCAAUCAUUCUCUUGGAGAACAAUAACAACACCUUGCCUCUAAAGAAAAGUGGAAGUAUUGCAGUGAUUGGGCCAAUGGCUCAUGGAUUCGUGAAUUACGGCGACUACGUCGUUAAAGGGAGUAUGGCCCGCGGCGUUACCCCUUUGGACGGAAUUAAAGCUGCUGUUGGCAAUUCAGCGACCAUUAAUUACGCAAUGGGAUGCGAGCGCUGGAGCAAUGAUCAGUCCGGUUUUCCAGAAGCCAUCGACGCAGCUAAGAAAUCGGACGUUGCAGUCGUCGUUGUUGGUACAUGGUCCAGGGAUCAAAAUGAACUCUGGCAGGGACUCAAUGCGACAACAGGUGAACACGUGGACGUUAACAGCUUAAACCUCGUUGGGGCGCAGGCUGACCUCGUACGCGCUAUUACUGGAACGGGUGUUCCUACCAUCGUGGUUUUCUCCUCGGGCAAGCCGGUCUCCGAGUCUUGGAUUGCCGAUAGCGCUGCUGCUCUUAUUCAACAAUUCUACCAAUCUGAACAAGGAGGAAAUGCACUUGCAGACAUCCUUUUCGGUGAUUAUAAUCCGUCUGGACGACUCCCGGUCAGCUUUCCACAUGAUGUUGGCUCCCUUCCCAUAUACUAUGAUUAUCUCAAUUCUGGUCGAACUUCUUCACCGGAUGCGGGAUAUGUCAAUCCCGACGGAUCUAUACAUUUUGGCCACCAGUAUGUGAUUGGGACACCGUUACCUUGGUAUCCUUUCGGCUAUGGAAAGUCGUACUCAACAUUUUCAUACUCGGCCGUGUCCUUGGACAAGGCAAAUGCCACUGUAUCUGAUACCGUGACGGUAGAGGUGCAGGUCACCAAUACAAGCCCAGUGGAUGGUACAGAAGUGGUCCAGCUCUAUGUUAUUGAUAACAUUGCCAGCGUCGAUAUUCCGAAUCGGAAACUGAAAGGGUUCAAGAAGGUGUUUAUCAAGUCUGGGGCAACAGUGCGCGUUCAGAUUCAGCUGCCAGUCCAAGAUUUGGGUUUGUGGAAUGAAAAGAUGCAAUACACUGUUGAGCCAGGUGCAUUUACUAUUCAAAUUGCUAGGAGUGCUACAGAUAUCGCAGGGAGUGCGACAUUGUAUGUCUCUUAG